AUGUCCACGCCACAGUCAGAUCUGAGCGAGCAGGCCGCCGCCGCCGCCGAGGACUUCUUCGGCCAACUCUACGCCUUCUUCGAGUUGAUCGUCACCCGCUUCUUCAAAAACGGAUAUGCCUCCAUCGCGCAGAUGAGCGGCAAGCGCUGGACAAAAGUCAUCGGCAGUGUGGUCUUCUACUUAAUCGUCCGGCCAUACAUCGAGAAAUUGUUUAAGUGGAUGCACGAUCGCGACCGCAAGAAGGAGAAGGAGAAGCGCGACAAGGAGAGAGCGAACUUCGGCAAGGUCAAGGUGUCACCGAACUCGCUGCGUGCUGGUGGCGAUAGCGGAAAAGGGAAGGUCCUUGGUGAAGUCGAUCACACAGAUGAUGAGCUGGAGGAUGAGGAGGAUGUUAUGGCUGCUGCUAGUGGUGUUCCUGAGUGGAAUGACAUGGCCCGCAAGCGUCAGAAGAAUUAUAUUAAGCGGGUGAAGAAGGAUCAGCGCGCGGAGGAUUUGAGUCGUGAUCAGAUUAUGGAGUUGUUGGAUUGGAGCGAGGAGGAGGAGGUUGAUGAGAAGGUCAAGAAGGAUCUAUGA